AUGGUAAUCCGUUUCAUUGCACGCCUUUACUCCACUCAAGGACUCCGACCGGGCAGGCCCAGCAACAAUUUGACUGCGGGCAUCGUUGGUUUGGCCAACGUCGGUAAAUCUACUUUCUUUCAAGCCAUCACCAACUCGAAACUCGGCAAUCCAGCCAAUUAUCCGUUCGCGACAAUUGAACCCGCAGAAGCCCGAGUAGUGGUUCCCUCAGCGGAAUUGGAUCAUCUUGCAAACUUGUACGGCAGUGGCAAGAGAAUCCCUGCUGUGCUCACCAUAUUCGACAUUGCAGGUCUCACCAGAGGCGCUUCUAGAGGCGACGGUCUCGGGAACAAGUUCUUGAACGACAUUCGACACGUCGACGGCAUUUAUCAAGUGGUUCGUGGGUUUGACGGUCAAGAAAUUACACAUAUAGAGGGUUCUGUCGAUCCCACAAGAGAUUUGAGCAUUGUUCAAGAUGAGCUCAUCCUGAAGGAUUUGGAGUUCCUGGAAGGCGUGCGUGAGAAGGUCGAAAAGAUGAGCAAGCGAACCCCCAGGACUUCCAUUGAAUACAAGGACCACUUGUUCGAGAUAGAGUUUCUCAAUCGACUUGAAGAACACAUGUAUGAGGGCAGGAAGAUCUGGAACUUCAAAGACAACACCUGGACUGAAAACGAAGUCGCGGUAUUGAACAAGCACAACUUUCUAACCGCAAAGCCCACCGUGAUUUUAUUGAACGUCGGAGUUCAAGACUAUGUACAUAAGGAAAACCGACAUUUACAAGAGGUUCGCGACUGGGUGGAAGAAUAUUCACCCGGAAGUCAGCUGCUAUUGUUCAGCGCCGAGUUUGAGACGAUCUACAAUGCUCAAAACGUUGCCCAGCCAUUUCAGAGCGCUAUGUCCGAAAUUAUAUUGGAAAUGCGGAAGUCCCUGGGCCUGAUAAGCUUUUUCACAUGCGGACCGCUCGAGGCAAGACAAUGGACCAUCCGGGAGGGCAGUUUGGCGCCUGAAGCGGCCGGCGUCAUUCACACAGAUCUCGAGAAGACAUUCAUCAGCGCGGACAUUACGAAGUAUACGGAUUUGGCUGAAUUGAGUCCCCCGCUGCAAGAGUCACAGCUCAAAUCACAGGCCAAAGUCAAAAGAGCCGGUAAAAACUACCUCAUGCAGGACAAAGAUGUCGUUUUCUUCAAAGCUGCUGCGAGUUCCAAGAGGUGA